CCCUGUAUCUGUGAUCAGGGGAUUUUGCUGCUGUGUCAAGAGUUUGGGAAAGGCUUUUAAUCAUCUUGCCAGCAGGCUUAUUCUUUAACUUUGUGUACCAGUUCCCGUGAUCCUGAACUUUGAUGCGGAGUGCCAGAGGACCAACCAAGUUCAAGAAGAGAAUGAAGUUCUGCGCCAGAAGCUUUUUGCAUUGCAAGCUAAGAUCCACCGGCUAAAGAAAGAGGAGCAACAGCCAGAAGAGGAAGAGGCCUCAGUCCAACACAAAUUGCCUCCCUACGUCUCCAGCAUGGACCGCUUGGGGGACUUGGAACUAGCCAUGGUGUGCAGCCAGAGGAACGCCUCCCUCUCCCAGUCACCUCGAGUGGGCUUCCUGUCCUCACUGCUGCCACAGAGUAAGAAGAGCCCCUCAAGGUUGUCACCUGCCCAGGGUCCCCCUCAGGCUCAGAGCUUGGCCAAGAAAGAGGCAUUUGGCGGUCAGACCGCCAAGGGGAAGGAUGCAGCCUGCGGGCCCAAGGACGGGAAGAGCGCCAGCAGCGGGCUGGCCGCUGGGGAGUCCAGCUGGUCGCAGCACCGGCAGCGGCGCCUGCAGGAUCACGGCAAAGAAAGGAAGGAGCUCCUCUCUGUGACCGUGCAGUGUGCAGAGAAGAAGCCUGAAGCUGGUGGCCCCGAGACAGACUCCUGCCCCGAGCUCCACGCGGAAGCGCUGGACACGCUGACCCGGGCCUCCACGGCGGGCCCCGAGGGUGGAGGGGUCCACCCCGAGCAGCCGUUCAUCGUGCUGGGGCAGGAGGAGUACGGGGAGCACCACUCGUCCAUCAUGCACUGCAGAGUGGACUGCUCCGGGAGGAGGGUGGCCAGCUUAGACAUAGAUGGAGUCAUCAAGGUGUGGUCCUUCAAUCCCCUCAUGCAGACCAAAGCGUCCUCCAUUUCCAAGUCACCGCUGCUCUCGUUGGAGUGGGCCACCAAGCGGGACAGGCUGCUUCUGCUGGGCAGUGGUGUGGGGACAGUGCGCCUUUAUGACACGGAAGCCAAGAAGAAUCUCUGUGAAAUCAGCAUCGACGACGACAUGCCCAGAAUCCUGUCGCUUGCCUGCAGCCCCAGUGGGGCCUCUUUCAUCUGUUCCGCGGCAGCUCCGAGCCUCACCUCGCAGGUGGACUUCUCGGCACCAGAUAUCGGCAGCAAAGGCGCUAACCAGGUCCCUGGCAGGCUGCUGCUGUGGGACACGAAAAGCAUGAAGCAGCAGCUCCAGUUCUCCCUGGAUCCAGAACCCAUUGCCAUCAACUGCACAGCCUUCAAUCACAACGGGAACCUGCUGGUCACCGGGGCUGCUGAUGGCAUCAUCCGGCUGUUUGAUAUGCAGCAGCACGAGUGUGCUAUGAGCUGGAAGGCUCACUGCGGGGAGGUCUACUCCGUGGAGUUCAGCUACGAUGAGAACACCGUGUACAGCAUCGGCGAGGACGGGAAGUUCAUCCAGUGGAACAUCCACAAGAGUGGUCUGAAGGUGUCCGAGUACGGCCUCCCCGCGGAUGCCACCGGCCCCUUCGUGCUGUCCGGGUACAGUGGCUACAAGCAGGUUCAAGUGCCCCGGGGCCGACUCUUUGCUUUCGACUCAGAGGGAAGCUACAUGCUGACGUGCUCCACCACAGGAGGCGUCAUCUACAAGUCCUGUGGGUCAGGGCCAUUGCAGUCCGUGGCUGAGACAGACGUCUGGGAUGACGUGUCAGACCAUGCUCUAAGUGAGGAUGAGAAGGUUCUGGAGAGCUGCUUGAGCCUGGGCGGCCACCGAGCACCUGUAGUCACUGUGGACUGGAGCACGGCCAUGGACUGUGGCACCUGCCUCACGGCUUCCAUGGAUGGCAAGAUCAAGCUGACCACCCUCCUGGCCCAUAAGCUCUGAUGGCACCUGCCCCAAGCAACACCCACAGAAGCAGUAUUAUCUUGGGGGGUUGGGGGAGGCAAAGGAAGACAAGAUGCUUCGCUUCCAGCUUCCUGCCUGUGCUGGCCAUCUUCAGGGGGAGACUGGCCAGAGGGCUCGGGUACUGUCCUGCUGCGGCGACUGGAACGAGGGAGCCGUGGAGCAGCGGCACGUGUCCCCGGAGGCCAGCGGGCAGAGGCACGCUGCAGACGGUGGGGUGCUCAGGAGGCAGGAGAUGCAGGUGAUGGCUGCUCUGUUGGCCCAGGAGAGAUUGACAGUAUUUUGUAUAUUUUGCGCAUUUUCUUUUCUUUUUUUAAAAAAAAUGCUCUUGUGGCCA